CUGCGUUUCCCAGAGUGCAGCGGGGUGGCAAGGGAAGGCAGGGGGGAAGGGACAGUCGGUCGCAGACCGCGCUGGGUUGCCGCCGCUGCUGCCGCCAUCGUGCCAGCCCCUCGGGUCUCAACGAGGCCGGGUGACGCUCCAGAAUGGGAGACAAGCCAAUUUGGGAGCAGAUUGGAUCCAGCUUCAUUCAGCAUUACUACCAGUUAUUUGAUAAUGACAGAACUCAACUAGGCGCAAUUUAUAUUGAUGCGUCAUGCCUUACGUGGGAAGGACAGCAAUUCCAAGGGAAAGCUGCCAUUGUGGAGAAAUUGUCUAGCCUUCCAUUCCAGAAGAUCCAGCACAGCAUCACGGCGCAGGACCAUCAGCCCACACCGGACAGCUGCAUCAUCAGCAUGGUCGUGGGCCAGCUCAAGGCCGAUGAAGACCCCAUCAUGGGGUUCCACCAGAUGUUCCUAUUAAAGAACAUCAACGAUGCUUGGGUUUGCACCAAUGACAUGUUCAGGCUUGCCCUGCACAACUUUGGCUGACCUCCUCCCAGCCAGGCACUCAUGCUGUUUCCUCCUCCCUCCUCUUCCCGAUACUAUUCACACUCCUCCAGAUGCUCCAAAUAUCAUUCACAAACGAGCAGGGCCGCGGUGGGCGUGGGCGCAGUGCGCUGCUGCUACCGAGGUGUUGUGCAUGAUGUUUGGACGCUAGACUAGUUGCAUCUGACAGGAGAAGUUUGUGUUGUACCAGCGCAUGCCUUGGAAAGACUUAAGUAAUGCAAAAGGUUGUCUUUUUUUUUUUUUUUUUUUUUUAAUCUACUGACAAGUUGCUCUAGUAACCCAAAGAAGUGAAGGAGAAAGCAGCUGCCUCACCGCCCAGAUAUUGAUUUGUUCAGAUGUUUCAAUGCCUCAUGAUACAAUAAAACCACGAAAAUUUUCUUAACAGUUUAAAUUGUUUGAAUUAGUUGAAUAGUGGGCUGGGCAUCCAUAACUACCCUGCCUCAUUGGCUGUCUCAUGUCUCACCGUCCCACAUCUACGCCCACUCAGCAAUACCUGUUGUAAGGAAAAACACCGAAGCAGCACUCUGAGCUCAGGCAGCACUCUGAAGUCGCUUCUCUUAGAAGUCCUGUAGGGCACAGUGUUCCCUCCACCUGGUCUUGGAAAAGUGAGCUGCAGACAGGGAGAGCUCAGGUCUGAACGGAAGAUUCCCUUGAAGCCUUGGCAGUCAGUUCUGACGUUUCCUGUGACCUCUACACUGGAUAGGGUCAGGGCUCUAAUGACAGGUGAGAUAAUGCAGAAUCCCACCGAAGAUUGAAAAGCCUUGGCAAAAAUGGCCCAUUAGGUUCAGGCCCUCUGCACUGAGGGCUCAGCAGGACCAAGUGUGAGCAGGCAUUUGAGGGAGAAGGGCCUGUUCUAGCCACAGAAGGGUCAGUAUCACAUCCAGCAUGCCCUGUAAAUCCCAGGCCAAGCGGAGGGCAGCUCUUAUCCUGUACCAUCUGCUUUGGAUAUCACUGCCAGAACAGGAGUGCCUCAAACAGCCAGGCUCCAAUGCCCAGAGCCAGGCCUGGUUGGGCUGGAGUACAGAUUUAAAACUAUGAAAGAAAGCAUUCUGAGUUUGAGGGAUUCAGGUUGUAGGACAUCUCUAGGCCUUCUCCUAUUCCCUCCCUGACCACAAACACAACCUCACACUACUAUCCUCAAAUCCCAGGAAAUCUCCACUGUUGGGGCAGUUUCCCCUCCUUAGUUUUGGGGACAGACUUUGCCUAAUAUCAAUACAAAUCCAGCCCUUUAGCGCUGAGACUUUGGUGGUGUAAAACUGAUGGCAAAGUAGCAACCACAGACCAGAACCAAACCCAGGAUUUGGUCUGGUGCCCUUUUUGGGGUUUUAGGAUUGGUGAGGGCACCAGAGCUUUGCCUGACAUGCACAGCCCCCUUCCCUCCUGCACUCUGGAUGGAAGCCAGGAACUUCCUCAGACCCCCACUGGUAGCCUAGCUAUACUGGGCACUGGGCUGGAUGGUGUGCUGUUUGAAAUAACAGCAUACUCAGGAGGUUUCAGUGGGACUAGUUUCUUGGCUGCUUUGUAUUUGGGGGAUAGAGGUUGGGGAGAGAGGUAGAAAUCUGCUGCCUCUUAAACCACCCUGUAUAAAAUUUGCAAUACAGCUUUUCCAUGUACCUGUGCCUGAAAUGUCUGCAAUAAAGAAGUGUUUGUAAA